GUGGCACCAGCGACGCCAGUAACACUUGAGGACAUCGAGACUCCUAUGGCUGUGGAGCCUCAGGCAGAGCCCAGCUCAGCCCCUUUCACCAAAGCUGCAGAUGAGGCUGGAGAAGUCAUGGUUUCUCCCGUGCCUGGAGAUUAUCAACAGGAGGCCGGCAGAGCUGUUGUCUCCCCAGCACAACAUGAGGAGGAAGUUCUGGCUGCAGUGACGAUGAUCCCUGGGGCAGAGUCUGGGAUAUCUUACCUUGCGCCUGGAGCAGAUGAUGAAGGAGAAGCAGCAGCUUCACCUUUGAGUCAGGGCUCGCAGCCCCAGGAGGAGCCAGCGGCCUUCCCUGAGGAGAACGAUGAGGAGGCCAAGCAGGAACUGGACUGUGUUAGUGACAAAGAGCUGUCCCAAGGGGAAGCCCUCACCAUGUACAACAUCUGCGUCAGCCCUUUGGUGCCAGAGCUCUUCCAGGACGCCCGAGCAGACAUCCAUCUGGAAUCCAGCAUCCGCAGCAAUGUGGGCACAAAUGCGACAUCAGAGGCAGCUGGAGACCUGCAGAGUGUGUCUCCUGUCCUGGCCGGUGCCACAGACACCGAGCUGGCAGCUCCUCCUCUGGCUGGAGCUGCUGAGGAAGAGCAGCACCCUGCACCUCUCACUUCCGUGGAACAAGAGCAGGAGGAGGCACCGGAAGCACCUUCCCACGGCUUUGACAAGGAGGAGGUAGGGGAGGCCCUGGCAUUCUCAGACUGGCGCAACCGGUGCCACCAGCCUGGCCUGGGUGCCACUGGAAUAAAUGAUGUACUUGGCUCCUCCUCGGUGUCCUGA